ACAAUGGUGCUAGCCUCUUUUCCAGAAGAAUAUUUCUAUCAUUCAGAUCCAGUUAUUAUGUAUGCUGCAGUUCAUGAUCGUAAACAUUUAGUGGAUCCUUAUACCAAAGGAAUUAUCAUGAAAGGUGGAUAUAGAUACACAGCCUUUGUUUCAAUGAAAGAGGAAUUACGACUACCUUACCCUUACGGUUCAAACUGCAUGGAUUACUUGAAAGAAUGGAGGAAAAACAAUGGCACUGGACCGCUGAACGAGUUAGCAUGCAUUGAGUACUGUAAAUUGAGAAAACUGAAAUUUAAUAAUGAAUGCAUUGAUGAACAUACUUGGUAUGCACCUCACCGUGAAACUUUGUGUAAUAUAGGUCAAGAAAGAGUUACUGAUAAAAUUAUUAAAGAAUGCAGCAUGGAAUGUAAGCCAGCUUGUCAGGAGCAAAAGUAUGAAAUUGAUUACGAUGAAGUGGAAUUUGAAAGUCGUCUGUGUGACGUAGGAGAGGAAAAUUGCAAGUUAAGUUCCAUUUAUCUCCGAGUUAGUUUCAGAAAAUUUAUAUUAUCAAGACGCAUUUUUCAACCAAAAUAUAAUAGUAUUGAACUUUUCAGCUAUAUUGGAGGCUAUAUGGGAAUGUGGCUGGGAAUCAACCUUGUUUCUAUUUUUGAUCUUUCGGAAUCCAUAUUCUUAUUAUUUCACUUUCCUUUCAAACGUAAGAAAGCACAGCGAUCAGGAAUAGAGCCUCAACAUAGACACGUGAAGAAACAUGUAUUUUAAAUAUUUAUACUGUUAUUAUCAUUUGUAGUUCUAACCAUAGUAAUUUCCUAAAUGUAUAUAUUGAAUAGUAUGCACUUUUUUAUGUAUUAUGAACAAUUUGUGCAUAUUUUUAUUGCCAGAAAGUAUUUUUAAAAACAUGAUGAACUAUCAGGAAGUUUUCAGUAAAUUUCCGUGUUG